CCUGAAUACAAAUGUAAUAAUCUGACAGAGUUUCAGCUCAAUCAAUACAACAUAUCCAUCAAUGAAGUGAGUCUAGUGUAUAAUAAAUGCUCCAUAGACAUCAUCAAUACUGAUGGAGAAGUUACUACCGAGAACCGAACACUGGGCUGUCUGAAUGGUUAUUACUAUACCACACCAGUGGAUAAGUCUAUAGUGUCACAGUGGGACCUGAUCUGCGAUAAUGUAGGGUUGGCUGAAUCAACUCAGACGUUUUACGUUUUUGGUCAAAUGGUCAGUGGUCUGUUAGCACCAUGCUUGAUUGAAAAAUUCGGACGUAAGCCAAUGAGAGUCUCUAGUAACAUUUUGCUGAUAGUCUUGAACUUAAUCGCAGCAUAUUCUCCGUCUUAUUGGCUGUUUACAACUAUGAGAUUUUUGAUUGGAGGAGCGCGAGAGGCAUUUCUUCUAAGUUCUUUCACUUUGGCUUGUGAAUUAUACCCGAAAGAAAGACGAAUUAUUAUGUCUUGUACAUUUAUGAUUAUCUGGGCUGCUCAUAAUUCCUCCUUAGGUUUAAUAGCCUACAUGUUAAAAGAUUUCAGUUGGAACACGUUACUUCUAUUUACUGCUGUCGUCUCCGUAUAUUUUCCUGUGGAUUAUUUGGUUGUGAAUACAGCAUCCUUGAACGGUGUUUUACUAAUGGCAGAAGUUCUCAUUGGCAGUAUCUACAUCAGCUAUAGUGUGAUGGCUUUGCUGGAAAUCGUUACUGCUGCAUCUUAUAUGGCGAUAGCGGAAAGGUUCGGUCACAAAAUAUCCCUACAAGCCUGGAAGACACUUGCUGCAGUCUCUUUUUUCUCUGUAUCCAUGAUAAAGAUAUUGGCAGAGAAAAAUGAAAUGGCGGAACGUGUCAUUCCCGUUUUGUAUUUUUUGGCCGUUGCUGGACUGAAUGCUGGCAGUGGUGGUGAUUACAUUUAUACGUCAGAACUCUUUCCUACACAAUUACGAAGUGUUGGAAAUGGUUUUGCUACGACUGUCAUGCGGGCUGCAUGCAUGGCAGCACCAUUCCUCAAGCUCCUGGCUAUGGCUGCUCCUUGGGGUCCUGGGAUUAUCUUAGGAACCGGAUGUAUAAUUGCUUCCAUUUUACUUCAAGUAUUCUUACCGGAAACUAGAAACCGAAAUUUACUACAGACAAUUGACGAUGUGAAGAUGAUGGAAAAGGAAAAUAAGACUAAUGAUGUAAAAAUUCAAGAUGCGACUUAAAAAUC